GUUUUGAGGAAAGAUUGGGUGGUCAGACGACGCGCAUCCUCUUUCAAGUCGACCACCAGAUAGACAAAGCCAAGCUUAUCUCUGGAGACAAAAAAGGUACGGCAAUUGUGGUCAGGGAGCAGAUCGCCUCUCCAAAGAGCCGCGCUUUCCGUAGGCUAUAUAGAGCAGACGAACGACGAACGGAGAUGGCUCUUUCAAUAGUCCAUUUAAAGCCAAGCUUGCAUGUGUGGAAUUUAUGAUACCACCGAACUACUGCCAGUGGUAUUCGUUUUGAGAGUGCAGAAAUCAUUUUCGGCUGGAGAGAAAAAAUGGACCCAUCUCCCAGCAAGCAACUGCUUGGCUCCAAAAAAAGAGUCAAGAUCCAUCCGAACACAGUCACAGUCAAGUAUGCCACCCACUUUCCCCAGCCAGGGGACGAGGGCUACGAUGAUGCCCCCUCCUUCGAGGACUUUGGCACUUUCCUGGAGGAGACCUCGGACAAGAAACGCCUCACCGAGAGCAAGGCGAGCAGGACUUUCUUCGGCGCCAUCGGCGGCCCGUCUAAACCUGCCGCCGCAGAGCAGAAGGACAAGGGGGUGGGAGGGCAGCUGGCCAGUUUCGGGGAGGCGUCCGUGUUCGCCUCGCGGAUGACCUGGGCCGUCCUGUUCGGCGCCGCCCUCGCCCACGGCUGCGUGGCGCUCAUCACGCGCCUGGCAGCCGACCGCUCCAAAGUGCCCUCCCUGGAGCUCCUCUUCAUCCGCUCGGUCAUCCAGCUGCUGUCCCUCGGCGUGGUCUACUACUACAAGGAGGCCCCCUUCGGGCCGGAGGGCUACAGGCUGCGACUGUUCCUCUACGGCGUCUGCAACGUCAUCUCCAUCACGUGCGCCUACACCUCCUUCGCCAUCGUGCCGCCCAGCAACGGCACCAUCAUGUGGCGCGCCACCACCACGGUCUUCAGCGCCGUGCUGGCCUUCCUGCUGAUCGACGAGCGGCUGGGCACCACCGACGUGGUGACCGUGCUGACCAGCGUGUUCGGCCUGCUCCUGGUCAUGAUCCCCAACAUCCUCGGCGAGCAUAUGUCCCUGGGCUUCUGGAAGGAGGCCUUCGGCUACACCAUGACGGUGAUGGCCGGCCUGACCGCCGCCCUGUCCAUGAUCAUCUACCGGGCCAUCAAGGAGCGCGUGAGCAUGUGGACAGCACUCUUCACCUUCGGCUGGACGGGCACCGUGUGGGGCGCCUCCACCAUGUUCGUCCUCCAGGAGCCCAUCAUCCCCCUGGACGGGGAGACGUGGGGCUACCUCAUCGGCAUCUGCGCCUGCUCCACGGUGGCGUUCCUCGGGGUCUACUACGCCCUCAACCGGUUCCACCCGGCGCUGGUCAGCACCGUGCAGCACCUGGAGAUCGUGGUGGCCAUGUUCCUGCAGCUCAUCGUGCUGCACAUGGUCCCGUCCGUUUACGACGUCAUCGGCGGGCUCAUCAUCAUCGUCAGCGUCAUCGUGCUCACGGGGGUGAAGCUCUACCGGGUCGGGAAGAGCCGGCGUCAAGAGUACGAGGAGAUCCUUGACUCACCAAUCAAAUGAGCACAGCAAUGUGUGCUACGCUACUGAUCUGUAAAUGAACAGUGUCUUGAAUGUGAAGAGCAAAGAUCUAUUUAUUUUGUAUUGUGCUGUUAACAAGUGCCAAUCAUGUGAUGACUUCAUUUUGCUCUAAAUGUACUUCUCAAAAGAGAGAGUGACAAAGUCAUUGUCAUCUUUCUAAAGCACUACGCUCAUACCUAUUCCAUCAGCCAAAAUAGCUAACAUACAUUUGGUGUUUUCAUAGCACAACCUUUUAUCAAUUCAAAUGCAGUAAGGGAGAGAGGACUGUCAUGAGCAGGAUUAUGUACAAAAAACCAACCUUCAAAUGGGAGAAUAUCAAUCCUUACAAAAUAAUAGAUCAUACAUUCUGUCUGUCUAAUGGCAGGGUAUGAUGGCAUAAUUGCUGUUCAAACUGGCCUCGUUGUAAUGAUUGACCCUUUUAUGAUUACAUUGGAUUAAUGAAUUUCACUGUCAAAUGACCAACAUCCUGAAACAAAGUGCGGUUCAGCUUAUGUACUGGCUCAAUACAUCCCACUCUGCUGUAGGAUCAGAUAUGUCGUUAGUCAACAUAUCCUUUUAAUACUGAUAGGUAUUAUUAUCAUUCUUUGACUUUGUUCAGAACAGUUUUGCUUUGCAAAACAGCAUGCCUUUCACUGCCAGUAUUACAAGAGGAAGAGGAACCUACUGUACAUGUGUCUUUUAGGACCGUCAAAAACACUGAGUUUAGGCAGAGUUUAUGUGAGAUAAAAUUGGCUCGUUCAGCUAACAAUCCAAAGGUGAUAGAUAGAACCCCGACGUAAAAGAAAUAGAGGAGUUUCACGUGCUUGGGGUAUCACCAGAUUAUGAAUGGACUCUUCAACUGCAGAGAUGGUCCAGUUUUAGUCUGGGGUCUAAAUAGAAGUGAUUAUACCGAGAGGACAUGCAAUUGGUUUUAACCCAUUGUACUAUGAGAAAAUGAUCUGAGCGAUAAGGAUUAAAACUGGAACAGAUUUGAAUUCCAGUUCACUGUUAUAUUAAAUUAGAUGCUUUAAAUGAUGGGUAGUAAGUAUACUACCCACCAUACUGUUCUUUUUAUCUUGUGAGUUCCUCUUGGUCUACAGUCUUCUUAACACAGCUUGAGUUAUUCUGAAACUAAGUAAUGGCAUCAUUCUUUUACUAUGAGGAUAAUGCGAUCACUACAUGUGUUUUUAUUCAUUUCUAAAUGUCUUUCUGACUGCCAAGACACUGAUUUCCCAGUUGGACUGAGGUGUAGAUAGAGUGCAAGCCUUGUCUUUGCUGUCUGAUGAUUUGCAUGUGAUAUUUUACUGUGUAGUGAUAUCUGUUUUGGUGUACGGUCAAAUCCAUGAAACUGUUAAAAAAAAAAGCAGAGAGUAAAAAUGGAAAUGAAGAAGUAAAAGAUGACAAGCAAAUUGAAA